AUGGUACUCAAGUGGUUAAGGACUCAAACUUCUGGCUUUAGCCCUCCUAAGUCACCCCAUCCCUCGCCUCCCCACCCCAGGACUUCCCCAGCCUUCUCUCCCCACACCAAGAACUUCCAAGACAUCCCAAGCCCAUUCACUCCACUCCAGGAUCUCCUCAACCUUUCCUCCCCACACCACGACUUCCCCAAUCUUUUUUCCCCACACCAGGCCCUCCCAAGUCAUCCCCAGCCUCUCCUUCCCCACCCCAAGAACUCCCUAAACUCUCAUCCCCACACCUUCACUUCUAAGACAUCCCCAGCCUCUCCCCUCUACCCCAGGAGGUUCUUAAUCUUCCUCCCACAUCAAGACCUUCCCCAGUCAUCCCCAGUCUCUCCUCUCUACCCCAGAACCUUCCCAACCUCCCUUUCCCACACAAGGAUCUCCUCAAUCUUCCCCAACCUCUCCUCCUCAUCCCCAGGAGUUCCUCAAUCUUCCCUCCCCACAUCAGGACUUCCCCAGCCUUUCCUUUUCACAACAGGAUCUCCCUAUAAUUCCCCAGCCUCUCCUCUCUACCCCAGAACCUCCCCAACCUCCCUUUCCCACAAGAGGACCUCCGGCAGUCUUCCCCAACUCUCCUGCCAAGCCUUUCCUUUCCACUCCAGGACAUCCCCAAAUCUCUCUUCCUCACCCAUAGAACUCCAGAAGCACUCCCCUCAUCCCGGCUCUUCUCCCCACCCUAACCUCUCCUCUCAUCCCAGGAACACAGCCACCCCAGCCUCUUCUCCCCACCUUGAGUACCCCAGUCGAUCCCUUUCCCACCCAAACAGCUCCCCAAUCACCACCCUUCCCCCCCCAGCAAUACGACCCCUGCCUCACCUUCUUAAACAGGUGGCCAAUCACACCCCUGCCACCUUAGCAAUGCACCCCAGCUUACCCUCACCCUUCGCCUCCCCACUGGGUAGAAAGUAA